GUGUAAGUCGUUAGGUCUUCUCUUCCUGGGGCCCCUGCUAGACCAAAGGGAGGGUGAGAGUGCUUCCGUUUCCCUUAACCGAUCAUUAAAGAGCGAGCUGGAGGUAGAGCCCAAGAAUCCUAUCUUUUUUGUUGAGUGGAAGUAGGAAUGGAGUGGCUCAUGCCAGACCGGAGAGAUCAUACUUAUCGGCUAGCUCAAUCGCAAAUUGGGCAUCCCCAUGAUAUAUUCAGCCAGCUUGUUUGCUCAGCCUCUUGCAGACCCUCGGGACUCGACAUUCUUAUAGGAUUCCAUUUCGUCUCCACAAGUUAGCCUGCAAGGCCCAAUCAAAGCAGUUCGUCCCCCUUCUCGACGUUCCCGGAGGGUGGCUCUUCACUUGAUGUUCACUAUUCGUUGGUCUUGGCACUAACAAUGGGACAGACUUUCACUUCGACUUAGUCCUCAGCUCGUGAAUCUGGCUAUCUAAAUAUAUCCGGAUUCCUUUCUGAUGCGCCUUAUGUUUCCAAAAGGUAAGACUUUCCCCUUCCUUUGACGGUACGUGGGUGUUAGCCUUUAGGAUAUAACUAAAUCGAUGCGGUUCGUCCCCUUCCUCCAGCGCUUCUGGAUGACCCUUCGUACCCGUAUUCAGAAUUCUACCUCCAGUGUAUCAAAAACCUUCUCCGAAAAGCUUUACGAAUCAGACAGGGCUUCAUUCCUCUCCCUUCGGUCGAGUAUAUUGCAUUCCUCUCCCUUCGCCCUUCGGGCUCAUAAUAAACCUUCGGUCGAGCAUAUUUGACCCCUUCGGUCGAGCAUAUUGCAUAACCUCUCCUUAUACGCUCUAAAAAGGGAUUCUGGACUCCUUUUUUGUUUAGGACCCCCCCUUAAUCGACAUUACGAUAUGUGUAUCCGGGAAGAGUUGUUUGGAAGCCUAGAUCGGGGUACGGAGUUUUCUCUAUUUUGGAAGAAAAGAAGCGGCUUGAAUGAGUGAAUUACUAAAGACAUUUACUAUUCAGUCCAAAUUAGGGAGUUGCUCUCGUCUGUGCAUCGGGGAAAGCUUUCGUGAGCCUUUUUGUGCAUUGCUUUCGGACUUGGCCGAGAAUGAGAGCUUUUGAGUGGACAUAGUAGUCCUUGCCCCUACAGCCCAGGAGUUGCAUUCUUUAAUUGCCCGACCCUCCUCGGAGGGGUUAGUUGCCAGCCCCGAGUGCCCUUGAUCCUUGGAAUUUCCUUUUGGUGUCUACUUCCGCUACUGUCAUGAUUUAGAUUCUAAUCUCUUAUCUAGCGGUGCCAUGGGGACUACGAUAGACCGAUGCCAAGCAAAGCAAUGCUACCCGAAGAUUCAAAUGAAUAGCUAUCGAUGAAAGAUCCCGCCUACUUCAUUUGAAUGGUUUUCUUAGAACCAAUGGGAGACUUGCAUCUCCGGCGACUCAGAUAUGGGACUUCCGUCAAAGCUUCCUGGUCGUAGCGAAGGCGAAAUAGACCAGCCUAUCUACUUAAGAGGGAACGACGGCCCCUGGACCAUGGGGGACUACCGGUUCUUGCUCUGGAUGCUGCUACCGAAAGAUGGUAAGGACAGGAUGGAGGAGAGAUUUAACGGUCGUAUCAAAGUGGGACAUUUCGAGAGAAUAAAAGGGUUAUAUCAUUUCAUGGCGGAUCGGUGAAUUAUUGGGCCGAGCUGGAUUUAAACCAGUGUAGACAUAUUGCCAACGAAUUUACAGUCCGUCCCUAUUAACCGCUCGGGCAUCGACCCAGGAAGAAUCAAUUACAGACUUAUUAAUAAUCCAGGACAACUUCCUUUCGUAAUACCCUACCCCCAGGGAUUUACUCACCCCCACCGCUACUCAACCAGCUGGCUUAGAGAGUUGGCGCUUCAAGCCAGAUAGACUGGAAUGGGAAUCAAAGCAAUGAGUUGAUCACCAGAUCCGGGUACCGCAGGUUUCGGUCCUUCAUCCGAUUAACUUUAGACUAGAAUUGACUGGACAUAACCGAACGAAGCAUUAGAUAUAGAAUCUAUCGCUGCUGCUCUCAGCUGUGCAUCUUAGAAUAAAUAUAUAUGUAUAUUCUUUUCUUAGUCGCUUUAGAGUUGUGUUAUUACCUUCUAUCGCCGCAGCUCUCCGCUCAAGCAAGCCGGAGCCCUUCUAUUGCUCCAUUGAGCUCAGCUUUUGUGACUGAGCAAGACCCAAGGUUCAUGGCAAAAGCUUGUAGACAAUGGCCUUGCCAAUCUCUAAGAAGGCCCCCCGCCGCAGCAUGAUUAGUGGACUGUAUCACGGAGCCAUCGGUAUUAAUCGUAAUCCAGGUCGGUUCCGGGGCUUGCCAGUAUAUGAGCUCUUCUCGACGCUGGGGUUGAGUCACUCGUGAACUACUAACUUCCGCCUCCCAGGUUUUCAGGAUAAUAGCACACCAAUUCCUCUCCCUAUCGGUCGAGUGACUUUCUUCCUCUCCCUUCGCCCUUCGGUCGAACUCUCCCCCUCUCCUUUCAGUCGAGCAUAUUGAUAACCUCUCCUUUCAUUCGAGCAUAUUGAUAACCUCUCCUUUCAGUCGAGCAUAUUGAUAACCUCUCCUCUCACUUUCUUCGAGCUUCUUUCUCUCCUUCUUGUUCUAAUUAAAAUGCGAGCAACUUCGCACCUUCUCCCUACGGUCGAACAUAUUCCCCUCCUCUCCUUUCAGUCGAGCAACUUCGCACCUUCUCCCUACGGUCGAACAUAUGAUAAACCUUCGGGCUCACUACUUCGUUCCUUCGCCCUUCGGGCUCAUAAUAAACCUUCGGUCGAGCAUAUUGUAUAACCUCUCCCGGUGACUUCUUUUAUUUUCAGGGUAUCCAUAUUCUAUUUAAGAGCCCGUGUGGGAUCUUUCCCAUCUAUGGCUAAUUAAUUAGGCUAUUAAGCCUUUUUCCGGUGCAAGUCAAGGUCGGACUUCGGGUUCUUUCCCUCAAAAAUAAAAAGAAUUGAACUCUACGGAAUUUCACUACUUCUCAUCUCCUUCCCUUUUCCUUGCCCUUGAAUCUUUCUAUCCUUCGCUCCCCGGUACCGCUUUCCUUCGAUCGAAUACCGGCUUUCUCCCCUUAGCCUAUGGAUCUGCCUUCCCUUUCGUCAGCGUUAGUUACUUUCUAAGCCAUCUAAGAAGAGGACUAGCUUUCCAUUCCGAAAGCAUUCCAAACCCUACCGUUGUUGUAAGGAAGGCUUACUGUGGUUGUUACAAGGGAAUAGCUUUCCGGUUGUCUGCUAGCCUGUGUAAUAGUAAUAGCCCCCGGGGCUGAUUAAUUAGGUUAAGGAAAAUAUGAGGCGACCUCAUUAAAGAAAACAUUCAAGGAUGG